GGCUUUGUGUAUUGCCUCAAUUUAAUAUAUUUAUCUCUCUCUGUAUUUCACAAUUUCUCACUCUUGUCUCAACUCACACAAAAACCUGCUCUCUUGGUUUUUGUUUGACUGUGUUUGGCUGACUGAAAAAUGAAAAUCCCUCAGUAUAGUUUCUUCACUCGAACAAACCAGUUCUAUCACAAUUUUUUAUACUUUAUUUUUUUGAAAUUUACAAUUUAAAUAAUUAAAAAUAUUUUUAUAAAAUAUAUAAAAUUUCUACUUUUAUAAAAAAGUUAAAUUUUUUAAAAACAACAAAACAACAUGUCAGCUCCAAUUAAUCCAUCAUUGAAGGAUCUUCCAAAGGUCUCAAUUGAUCUAAAAAGUCAACUCGAAGGAUUUAAUCCUGAUGCCAUGAAAAAAGCUGAGACUGCAAUUAAAAAUGUUUUGCCAUCAGCUGAAGACGUGAGACAAGAACGUCAACAUUCAGACUUGAUUCAUGAUGUCGAGAGUUUUAAAACUGGUCAACUAAAGCAUGCUGAUACAAAAGAAAAAAUUAUUUUACCAAAUGCAACAGAUGUAGCAGCUGAAAAGACACAGCAGACCUUGAUUGCUGGCAUUGAGGCCUUUGAUGCCACCAAAUUGAAGCAUACUGAAACUCAGGAAAAAAAUCCACUUCCUGAUAAAAUGGCAAUUGAACAAGAAAAAGACAAACAACAAUUCAUAUCUGGAAUUGAAAAUUUUGAUCCAGCCAAGCUCAAGCAUGCUCAAACCAUGGAAAAAAAUCCUUUGCCAACCAAAGAGACCAUUGAUGCAAAAAAGAUUGAUGAUUAAAACUAAAUAAAAAAAAAAAACAACGAAAAAAAAAAAUUACAAAUAAACAAGUAUAAUAAAUAAAUAAAAAUAAAUUCAAAAUAAAAAAAAAAGAUAUUCCAAAAGGACAAUGUCGGUAAAUGAUAUUUUUUAAUUUGUUUGUAUUAAUUACUUAAUUAUAAAUAAUAAUAAAAAAAACUACAAAGACUUAAGGAAAAUGAAGUAAUAAAAAAUAAUUUGCUUGCAAAUUAAAAAAGAAAAAGGCUGUUUUUGAAAUCCUGCCUCUUGGCCAGUAUUUGCGUCCUAUAAAUUGGUGCAAUUAACAGAAAAAAAAAUAAAAAAAAUACCGUGUAUUUUUUAAUCUUUGCAAAUUAACUAAAUAGGGUUUUUGAUUAUUUCUUUUUUUAUUAUUAUUCAUUGAUGAUAGUCAAAAAAUAAAAAUGAAAAAAAAAAAAAAAAACUAAAUAUUAAUGAUAAUAAUUCGCGUGGACGUAGUAGCCAAGUAAAUCUUCUUUCUCCAUAAUUUUUUUCCAUUAAAAAUAUGAUAUUUUUCCUCAAUUAUUCCAUCUAAUUUUUAUCUAAUAUAUAUUUUUUUUUUUGUUUGAUAAUAAACUCGG